GGCGCAAAUUUCAAAACACAGCAGUUAAGCCAUAACCUAGGAUGAUAUAAAUAGGACGUGUAGCUCUGAGUCCCCAAACAUCGGUCCACAAUACCUUCAAGAGAAACUCGUUUGCUGAAACCUGACGGAAAGCUUCUACAUUCUCAUUGCAGGAAGUGUCACCAUUCGGAGUCUGUUGCACAAUGGAGACCUGCUCAAUUUGUUUACCCACCCAGCACCAAACAAAUCAUAAAAGAAACUAGCACACAGAGAGAGGGUUGCAAUAACCUCUGUUUUUACCACCCUUUCCCGGCCCCGUGUCUCUUGGCUGAGCCAACCACAUCCCGUUGUUUACAUUUUAAUUUCCCUAAUCUUCUUAAAGAAGACAGAAGGCCCUUCUGUUUUUUUGUAUUCACAAAAUUCACACAAACAUCAAUUUUGUGCCAAUUAUCUGAAAUAUUUCCAAAGGUAAUUUUUAAAAUUUAGAUAUGACGACUCUAGCUACUGUAACGUUGGCCACCACCGCGGCUGUGGCUGCGGCUGCUCAGGCCUACCUGCCAGACUACCUGUGGCUGCUGGUGCUGGGCUUCAUCAUCGCCUUCAUCCUGGCCUUCUCUGUGGGGGCCAACGACGUGGCCAACUCCUUCGGCACGGCGGUGGGCUCGGGCGUGGUCACACUCCGGCAGGCCUGCAUCCUGGCCACCAUCUUUGAGACGGUGGGCUCCGUGCUGCUGGGGUCGAAGGUCAGCGAGACCAUCCGCGAAGGCAUCAUCGAGGUCAAUAUGUACAACGGAUCGGAACACCUGCUCAUGGCCGGCUCAGUCAGCGCCAUGUUCGGUUCGGCUGUGUGGCAGCUGAUGGCUUCGUUUUUGAAGCUCCCCAUCUCUGGCACCCAUUGCAUUGUGGGUGCCACUAUCGGCUAUUCCUUGGUGGCCAAAGGUAAUCAAGGACUCAACUGGAUGGAGCUGCUCCGCAUUGUUGCUUCCUGGUUCCUGUCUCCCCUUCUGUCUGGCAUCAUGUCUGCAAUCCUCUUCUACUUCAUCCGUAUGUUCAUCCUGGCGAAGGAGGACCCGGUACCCAAUGGCUUGAAGGCUCUGCCUGUCUUCUAUGCAGUCACUAUGGCAAUCAACCUUUUCUCCAUCAUGUUCACGGGAGCUCCAGCGCUGGGGUUCCCGAACGUCCCGUGGUGGGUGACGCUCCUCAUAUCACUGGCCUGCGCCGCCCUCACCGCGCUCGUGGUCUGGUUCGCCGUCUGCCCCUACCUCAAGAGGAAGAUCGACCGUGAAAUCAAGUGCAGCCCCUCCGAGAGGCCGCUGAUGGAGAAACGGGACCCUGAGGCCCUGUGCCUGACGACGGUGCCCGAGGAACCCCCCAAACCCCCCACCCCCUCCCCGGAGCCCCCCGCCCAGCCGCCCCCCGCCGAGGAGCGCAGAGUCACCAUGUCCAUCGGGGGCUGUGACGACUGUGACGACAAGGAGGCCAAGGACACUGACUGCACCAACAACAACAUCCAGAACGGCAGCCCGCACGUCCAGUUCAGCACGGGCCCCGCCCACAUCCCCAGCAGCGGCUACAGCCAGUACCACACGGUGCACAAGGACUCGGGCCUGUACAAGGAGCUCCUGCACAAGCUGCACCUGGCCAAGGUGGGCGACUGCAUGGGCGAGUCGGGCGAGCGGCCCAUCCGCCGGAACAACAGCUACACCUCCUACACCAUGGCCAUCUGCGGCAUCCACGCGCACGGCGAGCUCCGCCCCCGCGACAGCGAGCCCCGCCCCCUGGGCGAGGAGCUGGCGCCGCUGGAGCGCAAGCGCGUGCGCAUCGACAGCUACACCAGCUACUGCAACUCCAUGGCCGAGAAGGGCGCCAGCGAGGGGCUGGACCUGGGGCUGGGAGAGGACCCUGUGGCGCUGGAGAUCCGGGACGGGGCCGCCGGCGGGCCGGGGGGAGGGCGCGGCUCGCCCGAGGACGACGCUGCUCCCGAGGACCGGCCCGAGGUCUCGCUGCUCUUCCAGUUCCUGCAGAUCCUCACCGCCUGCUUUGGGUCCUUUGCCCACGGGGGCAACGAUGUCAGUAACGCAAUUGGCCCGCUGGUUGCCAUCUGGUUGGUGUACCAGAGUGGCAAGGUGGUUGGUCCCACACCGGUCUGGCUGCUGCUGUACGGAGGCGUGGGCAUCUGCGCCGGGCUCUGGGUUUGGGGCCGCAGGGUCAUCCAGACAAUGGGCCGGGACCUGACCCCCAUCACCCCCUCCAGUGGUUUCAGCAUCGAAUUGGCCUCUGCAGUCACUGUGGUCGUCGCCUCCAACAUCGGCCUUCCUGUCAGCACCACCCACUGCAAGGUGGGCUCAGUGGUGGCCGUGGGCUGGCUUCGCUCCAGGAAGGCGGUGGACUGGCACCUGUUCCGGAACAUCUUCCUGGCGUGGUUCGUCACCGUGCCCAUCUCCGGCCUCAUCAGCGCCGCCAUCAUGGCGCUCUUCAUCUACGUCAUCAUCUGAGCGUUUCCGCACCACAGCCGCCCCCAGCGGGAACAGGGGCCUCCGUCUCCCACCUCCGCCAUCAGUCCCGGGACCCCCCUGCACCGGCAGCGGCUCCAAAAACCCCACCCCCCCACCUUACCAAACACCAUCCCGGGGCUCUCCACCUCUCUGUUCAUCAAAAGCUUUCUAUUGGUGGCAAACAAGGAGAGGGAGACUUCCAUUCCUCUUACUGGCUGUAUUUAAAAAAAAAAAAAAACAACAACAACAAAAAAAGAAACACUUGUUUGCUCAUUCUGUUCGUCUGGCUAGUUUGUUCUGUACCUUUGUUAUCUCUGCUGUAUAUUUUGCCAGUUGGCACCUCGCUCUUGUUAGGCUAGAAUGUAGUGACUUAAUUUUCUUUUUGGAUUUUUGUAAUUAUGUACAUACAAGUAAGUUCUUAGUUUUAUUUUAUACACAUAACAAGAUUGACAAAAGAGCAAUAACAAUGCAAUAUUAGCAAUUUUUUUUAUUUGUGACUCGCUAAUACCUAGGAUAAGCAGUAUUUUUUAGGUUCUAGUGAGCUAGUAAGGGCAUAUCUUGGCUUAGUUGUUUGUGUGUGUGUGUGUGUGUGUGUGUGUGUGCUGUGUUUGAUUGAGGGUGCGUGUGUUUCACUGAGAGUGUGUGUGUAAGUGAGUGAGUGACCGAGUGCGUUGGUAUCUCUAGACGCGUGUGUAGCGUGUGCUGAAUUUGGCUAUCUAUAAUUUUUUAAAAUAGUUUCACCAACAGGUAGUGGGCAGGCCUCCCUCCCUGUUACCUAGUAUUUUUGAGGUGAAUGAUUGACAGUGUGUCGUUGGAGGCCAAACGUAUCCCAUCACCCCCUCAGAUCACGCGUCUGCUAAUUGGAACUUGCCGCACUGUACAUGGCCUGUUUUAAACACAGCGAGAGUAAGCACCCUUUUGUGAUUGUAAAUUAAAUUGUUGCAAGUGUUGCCCUUAAUUUUCAUGCAGUUUCAAGUACUGUGUCUUCACAAUGUAAUACGCACACAUGCUGCUGGGAUUUCCCAAGCUGGUAGACCAUAUGAAUAUUAUUAAUAGAGAAGCUAUUCAGUACUGUCCCCAGUAAAUUAUUAUUAUUUUUUUUGUACUUGACUUACCGUGUUACUUAUUAUAAUCGCGUGCCCUUGUGAGACAGGGAAAUAUAAUAGAAAUGAGACACUGGUGCUGUUGCUUUUUGAACAGAGAGCAGUUGUAACUGGAAGAUAUCUUCUGGCCGUUCUCUCUGUAGGGAUGAUGGGCUCCCAGGAGCAUCGUCACCAGCCACAGUCUGGGCUAUUCCGUUUCCUCAUCAGUGUACUCUGAUUGGCUCUUGUCUGGUUUCUGUGCGAAAAAGUGGCAGCAGCAUUGUCCCAUAUCCAUUUUAUUAUUCCCGUUUCAAUGGGUUGGGUCUGUCUAGUUAAAGCCACCCAGACAGCUAAAUGCAUUUGUUGCCAUAAAACCCCUAUUCUCUCAGUCAGUGACCAUUGUUCAGCCAUCACAAAGGAAACAUCUCACCCACCUGACAUUUGAAACUUCUACAGCUACCGUAUUACUCCUGUUAGCUGCCGCACUCAAUUAACGCAUCUGUUGAAUAAACACCAUUGGGAUUUUGAAAUGCACGACACGGCGAUUAUUCAAAGUAGUAUGGUAUUAUUUGAACCAAAGGUUGUUUUUUUUUUUUAAACUGGCAAAUGGGAGAAAUUAAAAUACAAUAUUAUCUAAAUAUUAUGGCUGGUCUUGCUGUAGAACAGUGUUUAUUUAUUUAGCCGCUACACAGAUUUAAGCUUCAAAGUUCAAUAGCUUCGGUCUUGAAUUUUUCUUCACCUUUUUUGGGGGUGAGGGGGAGGGGUGUGGUAUUUAUCACGAGUACACUACUGCCACACCAACUGAAAGAGAUUUAGUGAAAUGUUGAAUGUCACAAUCUUUUCCUAUAGCUAAAGUAACAUCUCAAACAUUAAAAAGAACAUAUAGUGGUCGGACCUGAUUUUUACAAAAUAAAAGGUAAAAUUUAAAUGGGGUUAUUCCUAAAAGGAGUCUGAACAAGCAGCCCUUUCUGAAGACCUGUAAGGAGGAACACACAAUGUCUUUCUCAAUACAUGAGUAAAUAAAAUCAAUUAACUAAAAAUUACUACUAUUACUGUUAUUAUUAAUUUUAAUUGAAAGGGAUACAGAGAUUUCUUGGAGUAGAUGUAAAGUAGUUGAUAGUGAUUAGUGAGAAUGGGGUGUAGUCAUUUUGAGCUAAUUUAGAUUUAUAAGAAAAAAUAAUUUGCACCUUGAGGAUGGACUUUACGUAUGGCAAGACAAAUUCGAGACCGAAGGUAUAUCCGUAGGCUUCACUGAUGUUUAUAACGCUUUGCAAGCAUGAGACUUUAAUUGGAUAGUUAAAAAAAAAAAGUUCACUGACAAAUAUAAAUACUUUGACAGGCUUUUUGGGUUAAGAGAACAAAAUGAAAUGCAAAAUGACGGGGAUAAACAGUCUAACAUGAUGUAUGAUUACACAUUUUAGUUCCGUUAGAACUUGACCACACCGAAUCGUAGACGCGUGGUAGUUUUUAAUGUUCUGCUGAAAUUUGUCUGUAAGCCUGAUACUUGAAUUCAGUCGUCAUAUCCUCAUUCCAGUACCUCGUGUCCGGCGGGGAAGGGGACAGAGUUGUCUCAGAAGACCCUGAACCGCGUGAAUCGGGCUCGGAACAUGGGGCCGUUUUGUUUGGUGCAGAGGAAGAACGCCUUCACCGGUCUGGGUGCUGUUUGAAGUGUUCUUGUGCUGGGUAGAUUGGAUGCAAAUACCAGUUGGUUCUGCUGGGCUGAGGAGAACAUUGCUGUUGUGAAGCCGCGAUCGGUAUUAUUAUCUUGGCUGGGAUUCACUCAAGCAAUUAGUCGCUGUAGAUGCCUUAUUAUCAUUAUUAUAUAUAUAUUUUUUAGGUACCAAAGAACAGACUGGAGAGUGUUAGAUUUGUACCAAUAUACAGGUGCAAGUAAUCUCUAUUUACUGGGCUUUGACAAAUGGGACGAAAAAAAAAAUUGUGAUGGAUGAAAAAUUAAAAAAAAUUUUGAACACGU